ACCCUCGAAGAAUUGACCAAUUGCAUUUCAUUAGAAAUAAAUGUACUUUCUACCUGCACAGAGACAAACCGCCCUCGACAGAAUGCACACAGCCGCUGGCACAUCGGUGAGUAGCAUCUCCACAUGGUCAUGAUAAAAAAGCUUUGAUCAGCUCUAGGGCGGAUGCUAAUGAUUACCAAAAUGUAUAUAGGCCUCUCAGAGAGUCUGACUGUAGUGGUGGACGUGUUUAACGUGGUCUCCUCUAAUCUGUGUUUAGCUGAAAGGCCCCUCAGUGGGUUUACUCUACACAUGAUCAGUACAUCCACUGGGGACCAAUGAUCCAUGUUCAUUCAUGAUUAUUUGGGAAAAAACUAAACAAAACAACACAUUUAUGCAAAUGUUGUGCGUAGAUGCACUUAAAUGCUUUUUUGGUGUGUAUGUGUGUGUUGUUUCUCUGCGUGUGCGUCAUCUUUCAUAUUGGUUUGUCAUGUUAGUGUGAGUGGGAGGGAUUCCAGGAUUGUAGGAGAAUUCCCAAGCAGAUUCAUCCCCCGGGCAGAUAAGAGGGUGCCUGGGGGGGGGUUUGUUCAUGAUGUGGAAUGGACAGUUUAAUUAAUAACCACCCUUCCACCAACAGUCCUCUCUCUCUCUCUCUCUCUCUCUCUCUCUCUCUCUCUCUCUCUCUCUCUCUCUCUCUCUCUCUCUCUCUCUCUCUCUCUCUCUCUCUCUCUCUCUCUCUCUCACAAUCUCCCUCUCAAUGUCUCUCUCCCUCUCUCUCUCUGACCCCAUGCUGGAUACACACUGUCCCACCGGAGCACCAGACCCUGGCUGAUGUAUUGUACAUUAGUGAACAUCGACGGUGCUUACAGCACACAGACCGGAUAUCAGGAACAGCCCAGGACUGUGUAGUGACCAGCCUCCAGUGCCAGCUCCACGAGUUGGACUUCUUGUGCAGCCGAGGCUCCAGCCUCCUGAUUCUCCAUCUGAGCCCCAUCACCGCGCUGGAUGAACGUGUGGGGGGGCCCAGAGAUCCAGGCCGUGGGACAGCUCCCCCACAGCGAUGGAUACGGACUGUCUGAGUCAACACAGUUCUACGAUAUCCUGGCGGAUCAGGGGAGCAGUCCCCUACUGCAGGACUCAGACCUCCUACCCUUCACCAGCUAUGCCAACAUGCAGUACCCCGCAGGGGCGCCGGGGGAGUCCCCUCCGGCCUACUACCCGGGCCAGCACCCCUACUACCCCCAGUACGGCGGAGAGGAGUGGUACUCCCCGGCGGGGAUGUACGAGCUGAGGAAGGGCCCCCUGGAGGUCACCUUCGACCCCCACAUGGACCAGUCGGCGGCGGCCAUGCCCGCCGUAUGCAAGAAGAGCCGGCACCCCUCCCACAUGGGCAGGGUCAAGGGUCAGGAGCUGUGUGUGGUGUGCGGGGACAAGGCCUCGGGCUACCACUACAACGCCCUCACCUGUGAGGGCUGCAAAGGCUUCUUCAGAAGAAGCAUCACAAAGAAUGCUGUUUACAAAUGUAAGAGUGGAGGAGACUGUGAGAUGGACAUGUACAUGCGGAGGAAAUGCCAGGAAUGUCGACUGAGGAAAUGCAAGGAGAUGGGCAUGCUGGCUGAGUGUCUGUUGACUGAGAUCCAGUGUAAAUCAAAGAGGCUGAGGAAGAACACCAAGGCCCCACCUUUGGGAGAGUGCGCUGGACAGCAGGCCUAUUUGGGGCCCGACCCCAGCGAGAACAAGCAGGUCACCUCCACCACCAUGCUGCACAAGAAAGUUGAACUCACCAGAGAACAGCACACACUCUUGAAUUUUCUAGUCGAUUCGUACAACAAACAUCGAAUUCCUCAGGAUAUGGCCAAGAAAUUGCUACAAGAGCAGUUCAACGCAGAGGAAAACUUUCUUCUCUUGACAGAGAUGGCCACAAGUCAUGUCCAGGUUCUAGUAGAGUUUACAAAGAACAUUCCAGGCUUCCUGGGUCUGGACCACGAGGACCAGAUAGCGCUGCUGAAGGGAUCGGCCGUGGAGGCCAUGUUCCUGCGCUCGGCCCAGGUCUUCACUAGGAAGAUGCCCAGCGGACACUCAGAGCUGCUGGAGGACAGAAUACGCAAGAGCGGUAUAUCGGACGAGUUCAUCACGCCGAUGUUUAACUUCUACAACAGCAUUGGUCAGCUGCACAUGCUCCAGGAAGAGCAGGCCCUCCUAACCGCCAUCACCAUCCUGACUCCAGAGAGGCCCUACGUCAAGGACCAGCAGGCUGUGGAGCGGCUCCAGGACCCCAUGCUGGACGUGCUGAGGAGGAUCUGCGCCCUCCACCACCCCCACCAGCCGCAGCACUUCGCCCGCCUGCUGGGCCGGCUGACAGAGCUGCGGACGCUCAACCACCACCACGCCGAGAUGCUGACAUCAUGGCGGACCAGCGACCACAAGUUUACGCCGCUGCUGUGUGAGAUCUGGGACGUACAGUGACAGAGGACGGUCAGGGGAGCAAUGUCUCUCUCUCUCUCUCUCUCUCUCUCUCUCUCUCUCUCUCUCUCUCUCUCUCUCUCUCUCUCUCUCUCUCUCUCUCUCUCUCUCUCU